UUGGCGCGUCGGCAGCACCCUUUUCAGAAAUCAGUUGCCAGUGAAUUCUGUCGGAGCCUGUUCUGCAGCACUGUUCUGUGAAGUGACACGGUCCGGUUACAGCUGGUGCUGCCAGGCUCCAGACGAGAGAGGCAAAUGGAGUGCUGUGGGAAUUAGGGUGCCUUCACCAGGAGGUGGUGUUUCAGGCAAAUGGGGAGAACCUGUCAGAGACACGCAGAAGGAUUCAAAAGUUCAAGACUGACUACCACUGGGGUCCAAAGAAUUACAUAUCUGGGCUGUGAGGUGACCAGACCUGUAGUUUUAGAAAGGCCUGUGUGACCGCAGAUGUGAAUCGGAGAGAGACUGGAGACAGUGAGACUGUGGUCAGCAUGUGACUGAGGAAUGGUGCCUGAACCAGGAGGGGCCAUGAGACUGGAGGAGAGGAUGCAGCUGAUAGGUAAUUUAUGGUCCAGGCAGCUUUACUUAAACACCUUUCCAGCGGCUUCCAUUUUGACAUCGAAGACUUUUCCCAGCAAUAGCCCUUUGUCACCUCCAGGAACCAGAGACAACCAUCAUUUUACCAGCUUGGCUUGUGCACUUCAAACACAAUGCAGUAUUUCUUCUCCCAGUAACUGGAUGGGCCAACAGUACAGAUCCUAUAGUUUCUUCACUAAAUUGACAGCAGAUGAGCUAUGGAAAGGUGCUUUAGCAGAGAGUGGUGCUGGAGCAAGAAAAGGAAGAGGCAAAAGAACUAAGAAAAAGAGAAGAAAGGAUUUGAACAGGGGUCAGAUCAUUGGUGAAGGACGGCAUGGCUUCCUCUGGCCUGGUCUGAAUAUCCCUCUUAUGAGAAAUGGUGCUGUACAGACCAUUGCCCAGAGGAGCAAGGAAGACCAGGAAAAGGUGGAGGCCGAUAUGGUCCAGCAGAGAGAAGAGUGGGACCGGAGGAGGAAGAUGAAGGUUAAACGGGAGCGAGGAUGGAGUGGAAACACAUGGGGAGGCGUCAGUCUUGGUCCCCCGGAUCCUGGUCCCAAUGGAGAAACAUAUGAUGAUUUUGAUACCAGGAUACUUGAGGUGAGAAAUGUUUUCAAUAUGACAGCAAAAGAGGGAAGAAAGAGAUCAGUCCGUGUCCUGGUCGCUGUGGGGAAUGGCAAAGGAGCUGCAGGUUUUGCCAUUGGGAAAGCCACUGAACGGGCAGAUGCUUUCAGAAAAGCAAAGAACAGAGCAGUUCACUAUCUGCAUUACAUAGAGCGAUAUGAAGACCAUACAAUAUACCAUGAUAUUUCUUUAAAAUUUAAAAGGACGCAUAUCAAGAUGAAGAAACAACCCAGAGGCUACGGUCUCCACUGCCACCGGGCCAUCAUGACCAUCUGCCGGCUCAUUGGCAUCAAAGACAUGUACGCCAAAGUGUCUGGCUCUGUCAACAUGCUCAACCUCACCCGGGGCCUCUUCCUUGGGCUCUCCCGCCAGGAAACCCAUCAACAACUGGCUGAUAAGAAGAGUCUCCAUGUUGUGGAAUUCCGGGAGGAAUGUGGCCCUCUGCCCAUCGUGGUUGCCUCCCCCCAGGGGGCCUUGAGAAAGGAUCCAGAGCCAGAAGAUGAGGUUCCAGACAUCACACUGGACUGGGAAGAUGUGAAGGCCGCUCAGGGAAUGAAGCGCUCUGUGUGGUCAGGUUUAAAGAGAGCCGCCACCUAGGCUUCCCUCUGGCCUGGCUCAGCCCAGCACCUGGGAGAGACUCAGCCCUUCACACCCAGGAUUCUCAAUUUUUUUUUUUUAAGCUGGAAAGGCCAAUUAAACUUCUUUAUUUAC